GGGAGGGAUGGAGAGGGGAGGGGGGAGCGGAGCCGAGCGGAGACAGCCGCGGCGCUGCAGAGCGGCUGGGGCGGCGGCGCGGCUCCCGGUGCUGCCCCCGGCGCCCGCCCCGCGGCGGUGAGCGCCCGGCCCCGGAGGCGCCCGAGCCAUGGGCUGCAUCGGCUCCCGGACCGUGGGGAAUGAGGUGAUUGCAGUGGACUGGAAGGGCCUGAAGGAUGUCGACCAGAUCCACAUGGACAGCACCAGCUCGCUGCACGGGAGCAGUCUCCACCGGCCGUCCACUGAGCAAAGCCGGACUGAUUUCUCCUGGGAUGGCAUCAAUCUCUCCAUGGAGGACACCACUUCCAUUCUUCCAAAGCUGAAGCGAAACUCUAACGCCUAUGGCAUUGGGGCCCUGGCCAAGUCAUCCUUCUCAGGGAUUUCUCGCAGCAUGAAGGACCAUGUGACGAAGCCCACAGCCAUGGGGCAAGGCCGGGUGGCCCACAUGAUUGAGUGGCAGGGCUGGGGGAAGACACCAGCCAUUCAGCCGCAACACAGCCACGAGGCGGUGCGCAGGGAUACCGAUGCCUACUCGGACCUCAGCGAUGGCGAGAAGGAGGCACGUUUCCUAGCAGGUGUCAUGGAACAGUUUGCUAUCUCUGAGGCCACACUCAUGGCCUGGUCUUCCAUGGAUGGCGAGGACAUGAGUGUCAACUCCACCCAGGAGCCACUGGGCUGCAACUACAGUGACAACUACCAGGAGCUGAUGGAGAGUCAAGAUGCCCUAGCUCAAGGCCCCAUGGAUGGAUGGCCUCACUCCUAUGUGUCCCAGGGCAUGUACUGUCUGGGGUCAUCGGAUGCCUGGGAAGCCAGCGACCAGUCCCUCAUUGCCUCUCCCGCCACGGGAUCCUAUCUUGGCCCUGCAUUUGAUGACUCCCAGCCUAGCUUGCAUGAAAUGGGGCCUUCCCAGCCUGCUUGCGGAUACUCUGCUCAGGAGCCUCCACCUUUGCUGGGGUCAGACACGGACUGGGCUCCGGGGGUGGGGGGAGUGGACCUGGCAAGGGGCCCUGACGAGGAGGAGAAGAGGCCAUUGGCCCCCGAGGAGGAAGAGGAUGCAGGAUGCCGGGACCUGGAGUCUCUGUCCCCACGAGAAGAUCCCGAGAUGUCCACUGCUCUCAGUCGGAAGGUGUCUGAUGUCACAUCCUCAGGUGUGCAGUCCUUCGACGAGGAGGAGGGCGAGGCUAACAACUAGCUUCCCCCCACUCCACGCCCAGCCUUCCACUCCCACCUGAGGGGCAUGGCUGCAACGAAACCCUCCCUACCCCAGCGGCACAGCUGAAACCCGGGCAGAAGACCAUGAGGUUACCCAGGAGUUGCCAGUCCUUGCUGGGAAAAUGGAGAGCCAUUUGGAUUUUACCCAGGCUUAUGCUGUAGAAACCACAGGUCCAGGAACUGAGGCCCAGACCACCGGAUGGCCCUGAACUUUGCUUGGCAGCAGGCUUCUGGGUCUGUAAUGAUGUGGCUCCCAUGUUGCUCCUGAGGACCAGAGCACAGAGCAGCUCGUGGUCGUCGACUGGGCCUCAGUUCUUCACCCUCUGAUUCGUCUUCCAGGAGCCUUGACUGUGGCUGUGGGAAUGCCUCCUUUCUGUGUCACUCCUGCUUUUCCUGACUCUCUGUUUUCUCUGACUAUGGCCCCAGCUCAUCCCCACUAUGAGGAACAGACCUCGGGGGCUCUUGGUAUGGCUCGACGACCCAAAGUUGUGUGCCCUUGGAGGGUGGAGAGUUUGUCCUCGGCGAGAAAUUGGCUUCUGAGAUCAGGAGUCAUGGGGGAGGGGGGAGUGGCAGCUGGGAUGCACAGGGCACAAAUGUGAUUCUCUGUACUGACAGGGCCUGCUCAGAGACCAGAAAGUCAUUGAUGAGACCGAGAACAAACAUGGCCGCCUGUUCC